UGUGAGCGCGCAUCGCCACAGUCUGCUCGCGCGCGCGUGUGAGAGAGACAGUGACAGAAAACGAGCAGCUUCAGCGCGAGCAGAUUCCCGAAUCACACGGGAGAAGAGAAAGAUGAUGAUGAUGAUCGCGUAUAGAUUAUGAAGGUCAUCACACAACUACCCUCCCUAGCCAGAGGUUGCCUUAGCAACAACCCCAUGUCCCGGUCCUGGUUGUCACAGAGACUCCAGCAAGUGCAGGAGCUGCAGGAUUUUGGCUUUAUUGGUGACCUCACUUGCACGUUCCCACGGCAACUACUUCCCUAAAAGAUUUGUGCAAAGUCAUCUUUUUCUUCUUGCGAUGGCCGCCCUGCUGCCCCUGACCUUCGUCCUGCUGCUGGUUCCACUGACCCGUGCUGCCCAGUCCAGUGAGCGGCGGGUUGUUGCCUACAUCCCUGGUGACAUAAUCAUUGGUGCAUUGUUCUCUGUGCACCACCAGCCUCAGGCCGACAAAGUCCAUGAGCGGAAGUGUGGCGCCAUACGAGAGCAAUACGGAAUCCAGCGGGUGGAAGCGAUGAUGCUAACGCUAGACCGAAUUAACGGUGACCCCAACAUUCUGCCCAACAUCACGCUGGGCUGCGAGAUACGGGACUCCUGUUGGCACUCCGCCGUGGCCCUAGAGCAAAGCAUCGAAUUCAUACGAGACUCUCUGGUCACCGCAGACGACGGAGAUGAACCUGGGGGCGGAGCAACAGCCAGGUGUGCCGAUCCUGGGGCCACGCCCAUGAAAGGGAAGAAACCAAUCGUGGGCCUGAUUGGUCCUGGGUCAAGCUCAGUGGCCAUUCAGGUUCAGAAUCUUCUGCAGCUUUUCAACAUCCCACAAAUUGCAUAUUCAGCCACUAGCAUGGACCUUAGUGACAAAUCUCUGUAUAAAUAUUUCAUGAGGGUUGUGCCCUCGGACGCCCAGCAGGCCAGGGCAAUGGUGGACAUCGUCAAGAGGUACAACUGGACUUACGUUUCGGCAAUACACACAGAGGGUAACUAUGGCGAGAGUGGGAUGGCAGCAUUUAAAGAGAUGGCAGCUAAAGAGGGCAUCUGCAUCGCUCAUUCUGAUAAGAUCUGGAGUAAUGCUGGAGAGCAGAACUUUGACCGUUUGCUGAUGAAGCUGAGGAGCCACCUGCCCAAAGCACGCGUGGUGGCCUGCUUCUGCGAGGGGAUGACUGUCCGAGGAAUACUGAUGGCCAUGAGGAGGCAGAACCUGGUUGGAGAGUUCUUGCUGGUUGGCAGCGACGGGUGGGCGGACCGCUACGAUGUGACGGAUGGGUACGUCCGUGAGGCGGCAGGCGGGAUCACCAUAAAGCUCCAGUCUGCGGAUGUGAAGUGGUUCGACGAUUACUACCUGAAACUGCGUCCUGAUAAUAACCUGCGGAACCCGUGGUUCCCUGAGUUCUGGCAGCAUCGGUUCCACUGCAGACUGAAGGGUCACCCUCAGGAGAACCCCAAAUACAACCGCACCUGUGGCAAGCGGGACUCCCUCCGUCAGCAGUAUGCUCAGGACACUAAGAUGGGCUUUGUGAUCAAUGCGAUAUACAGUAUGGCGUUUGGGCUUCAUAAGAUGCAGAGAAUUCUGUGUCGUGGUGCCGUUGGUCUGUGUGAUGCUAUGCGGCCGAUCGACGGAGCCAAACUGCUUGAUUUCCUCAUGAAGACCAACUUCACUGGCGUCUCCGGAGAAAACAUCCAGUUCGACGAAAACGGAGACUCUCCAGGAAGCUAUGUGAUCAUGAACUUUAAGAAGAUGGGGAAGGAUUAUUACGACUACACCAACGUGGGCAGCUGGGAUAACAGCGGUCUACAGAUUGAUGAUGAUGAAAUCUGGUCCAGCAAAGAGGCCAUCAUCAAAUCGGUCUGCAGUGACCCCUGUGAUAAAGGCCAGAUAAAGGUAAUCCGUAAGGGUGAGGUCAGCUGCUGCUGGACCUGCACUCCCUGUAAGGAGAAUGAGUUUGUGUUUGAUGAAUACACCUGCAGGGCGUGCGAGCUCGGCUCCUGGCCUACAUACGACCUCACAGGUUGUGACCCAAUCCCAGUGCAGUAUCUGCGGUGGGGUGACCCUGAGCCCAUAGCGGCCGUGGUCUUCUCCUGUCUGGGUCUGAUGUCCACCUUCUUCGUCACCGCCGUGUUCGUUGUCUACCGCGACACUCCUGUGGUGAAGUCAUCCAGCCGUGAGCUAUGCUACAUCAUUUUAGCUGGAAUCUGCCUGGGCUACCUGUGCACCUUCUGCCUCAUCGCCAAACCUCACGUGGUCCACUGCUACCUACAGCGCUUGGGUGUCGGCCUUUCACCUGCCAUGAGCUACUCAGCCCUGGUCACCAAAACCAAUCGGAUCGCUCGCAUUCUGGCUGGCAGCAAGAAAAAAAUCUGCACCAAGAAGCCGAGAUUCAUGAGCGCCUGCGCCCAGUUAGCGAUCUCCUUCAUUCUCAUUCUUCUGCAGCUCAGCAUCAUCGUGGCACUCUUCGUCCUGGAGCCGCCGGACGUUAUUUUUGACUAUCCGUCCAUCCGAGAGGUCAACCUGAUCUGCAACACCACCAAUCUAGGUGUGGUGGCACCGCUGGGUUACAACGGUUUGCUAAUAAUGAGCUGCACUUUCUACGCCUUCAAAACGCGGAACGUUCCUGCGAACUUUAACGAGGCGAAAUACAUCGCCUUCACCAUGUACACCACCUGCAUCAUCUGGCUGGCCUUCGUGCCCAUCUACUUCGGCUCCAACUACAAGAUCGUGACCAUGUGCUUCUCGGUGAGUCUGAGCGCCACGGUGGCUCUGGGCUGCAUGUUUGUGCCGAAGGUUUACAUCAUCCUCGCCAAACCAGAGCGAAACGUCCGGAGCGCCUUCACCACCUCCACGGUGGUCCGCAUGCACGUGGGGGACGGAGGGAAGGCGUCAUCGGCCGCCAGCCGCUCCAGCAGCCUCGUCAACCUGUGGAAGAGGAGGGGGUCAUCAGGGGAGACGCUCAGCUCCAAUGGAAAGUCAGUGACAUGGGCUCAGACGGAGCGCAAUUCCAAAGGCAGCCACCUUUGGCAGCGACUUUCCUUCCACAUCAAAAAACGUGAGAACAACCAGACGGCUGUGAUCAAGCCUUUCUCGAAGACGUCGGAGGGGCGUGACUGUGGAGGAACUGAAGUCCCUCCAGACAGCACUAACAACAAGAUGCUGUACGAGGUCACUGAGCCGGAGGAGCGCUACCCGAUCACGUAUCGUCCUCAAACACCAUCCCCGAUCAGCACCGUGAGCCAGAGAGCAGUGGGCGGAGCUUUGGGGAGGAGCUCGGGUGCUGAAGACCAGGUGAUUAGCGGAGUGUCAUCUUACCUGAGCCAGUCUUCUCGGAGCAACAGCGUGUCCUGUGGCGGAGUCGGCGGCACCAGUGCAUCACAGGGAUCACUGAUGGAGCAGAUUAGCUGUGUGGUUAACCGCUUCACCGCUAACAUUAGCGAACUAAACAGCAUGAUGCUGUCCAGCUCACCACCAGGGGGCACCAUGGGGCUGAACACGAGCAUAUCUGCUAGCAUGUCAGCUAGCAUGUCCACUCACGCCCACUCCUCUAACUGUCCGCCUCCCUACUUCCUGCCCCGAGAGGUGUCCAUGCCGACCACGAUGACAACCUACGCCGAGAUCCAACCUUUACCACCAGUGGAGUCCAAUGGGGGUCGGACGCCUUGCCCGCUGCCCAGCUCCUCCUCCAGGGGUCCAGGCACCAGGAGUUCUCCCGUGUCCAGCGUCAAAGAGUUCAUGGUGGGCACGGCAUCAGCUCUCGAGUCCACGGUUACGAAGGCCGAGCUGGAGGAGCUGCUGCCGCUAACGCCUCCGUCGCCCUUCAGGGACUCUGUGGCUUCUGAGAGCAGCUCCCCCAACUCCACCGCUGGCUCAGAGGCAGGUCUGGGACCACCCCCGUCCCCCAGAUACGAGUGCCUGGUACUGCGGCACUACAGCCAGAGCUCCUCUUCCUUAUGAGGACUGGGGAGACGUAGGAGGAGGCGACAUUCGGGGAAAAGAGGCAGGAGGAAUGUAUGAAUAAAUGACAAAUAACAGCUUCCUAGAAAACGUAAUAAGACAAAUCUAGUCUUUAGUGUGCGUGUUUACAUGUUAUUGACGCCGGAGACAGACGUCCAGUACAGCAACAAGACGUCCACCGAAGCUUGUCCUGAGCGUUUUACGAACGGCCUGCAGGGUCGCACAACAACGUAAUACCUUUUUGUUUUGUUGUUUGUUUGUUUGGUUUGUUUUGGUAGUGGCCUUAAACAAACAUGGCUUGCGUCUAAUUAGAGAUGUCUUUCCGACAGUUUCAAAACAACACAUUUGUGUGUUUGUGUGUGGGACAAAUGGGGACCUGGCCACCAGUGGGGACCUUCAGCGUCCUUCAGCCGUGGAGCUUAGAAAGGAAAGUGACUCCAAGAGAGUAUUAGUGAUGCCGGGCAAUGCGCUCGGGACCGAAGACCUGCUCCGCCAGACUGGGAACAAAGUGCUUUGUUUUAUUUACUGCAAAACCCUGUAAAUAUACAUCAGUGACAUUUUGUCAUAUGAAUCUCUUUCAUUUUCCUUUUUUAAUUCGCUCUUUCUCUUUUUCUUCUCCCUCUUCUUCCACCUUGCUUUCCAACUUUGGGAAUUAUCUUCCCAUUUGAUUCAGAACUAUGAAUGUAUGUCUUUCGUGAAUUUCGAAUAACGUGGGACCAAAAUUCUCCGUCUCUGCUCUUGAGGUGUAAGUUUGAUUUUUUUGAGUUUGUUUUCCUUUUUUGCAGAAUCGGUACUGGCCUAUGUGAACACAAUACUAGUGAAUGAAAUACUAGUGAAUCUAUUUAAGUAUUACGAGUUAAAACGGUGGUUCAAAUCGAGACUGAUCCGUUUAGCUAAUGAUAAUCAGUACCGAGUAAUAAUUCAUUACUUAUUAUUUAGAUUUCAAUCUUCAAAUACUGUUUAAUAACGACAUCUUCAUUCAUAAAGGGCUUUUAACUAAUUUAGCACAGUUAGCGCCCCUUUUUAACCCAAUCAGACACACUCUGAAUAGCGAACAAGAUCCGGGAUCGUCCACCAUCGUUCAUGACAACGGUGUACAGAUUAAGGGCAUGCUAACGGACGUAAACAUCGGUCAUCGCCUUACAUCACCUAACACAAACACACAAACAUCUCCACCAACAAGUUUUACAAACAAGUGAAAAAAAGACAAACGAGACUUUUUCACUGAAAGGUAAAGAUGUCUUUUCUACAGAAAACUCCACCCACAUGUACUGAACGUGUCCUAAUGAAUGUGAGAUUAUAUAUGUAUCCGAUAUAAAGUAUUAAUAUGAUAGAGUUCAUAGUGCCAAAGUGGCUCGCCGGGGGAAUAUGUGUUUAUUUACUGUUUUUAUGGUGAUGGAUACUGUAUUAUUUUAUAAAAUAAAAGUCAAUAAAUGUUCCAGUUUUUCAGAUGUAAAGCAAUACUACCAUAAUCGCGCUCACAGCAGCUAGAAAUGCGAUGAUGUUCCUGAGAUGUAUGAGUUUUUGUCACCCGCUGAUUUUAUUGAUUAUGACAGUUUCCCGUUUUUGUUACGGAUUUGAAUGAUUUUAACAGAUUCCUUUCUAAAAUGUAAUCAGCAUCAAUGCAGAUGCAAAGAAUGAACGUUAUGGUGAAAGAGUCAAUCAGAUAAAUAUUAAAUAUUAAUUAUAUUAACUACUCAUUUUAUACACUCAGUGUUUUAUAAAGUAACCUGGCCCACAAUUGAACUUCUUCUAAUAGUAAAUUUACAGUAAUAACAAUAAUAAUAAUAACAAUAAUCCACUUUUUAUGUUCUGUUCUGUUUUAUUAGAAGUUUAAUGAACUGAAUAGUUCAGUCAGGUUCAUUACUUUGAGUUAAAACGCUUCAUUUGCAUAAUGUUUACAAGGGUCAAACAUUCAUUUGUACCCAUCUGAGGAUGAAAGCUGGACCUGCUGAGUCUCGUAUUGGAGACGUUUUGCCUUCUACACGUUUCUACACAGUUUUUGGUUCAACAGCAUUUAUCACAAAAGACUGAAUGGUUGAAUGUGUUACUCUAAUGAUAUAAAGCUAAUUUUAAUAAUUACUUAAUUACUAAUUAAGUGCUUCACUAUGAAUAAUAUUGAUGAUUAAUUGAUUGGAAACUUUCCCCCCCAAGACCAAGUCUGACUCUCAGCGUCAUCAGUAACACUUAUCUAUAAGAACAUGUUGGUAAAGUGAGGCUGCGUAAACAUGCAUGUGUUGAUGUUUACAUUUCGCUGCUUAGACAGUAGCAGAGCAAAUAUGUUGAUUUUGUUUAUGAUGGUGACGGUUACGAGAAAGAAAGCGUUAGAAUGCAAUAUCUGACCAUGAGGUCAGCUUCCCUUCAAUCAGCGAUUAUUCCCAGAGUAACCUGACUCUGGAUGCUGAGGUCAGUAAAGCAGUCGGGUCACUGGUCUGGACACCUUACAUUCCGGAUCUGAACAGAAAGGCCCAUCAUUAUUAUUAUUAUUAUUAUUAUUAUUAUUAUUAUUCUCUGCUGAGAAGUCAAUUCAGUUCUGGUAUAAACUGUGACUGAAGAGCCCAUAAAGACUCUGUCCAACCUGUGCCAACUCAAACUGUGUGAACUGAGCUGAAGUGCUUUCUUUCUUUUGCUGUUUUCUGAUUGAUUUUUUUUGUCACUGGUUUGUUUUGCUGCGUAUUUUGGGCUCUGUUCCUGUAGAGAUCUGUAGAAUGUAAUAUGAUAUCGUUAUGACGUAUUUCUGAAGGUGAUUUUUGUUGAUAUAGUUCCAUGCAGCUUCGUGAGAGACAUUUGUGAGAAAAGUGCUUUCCGCUAUUUAGAAUCAAAUCUUCUUUCUUUCCUUUAUUUUCUGGACAUCUGAAGACCGUUGUGUUGCUGUAUGACAUCUUUUCAUUCAUUAUUAAAAAUCUGGAAUACAUCCAUGAA